UAAGUGCCUCAUAAAGUUUAAUUAGUCUUUUCAAUAAAUGAAACGAAGGUCAAAAUCAAUUUUGGCACGGCCGAUAAGAAACUAAACCAACCUGAUAACGUACGCUCUCUAUCGCUAUAGUGAUCGAUAACAGUCAUUGGUUCACGUUCUCAGCCGAAAAACCACCAUGAGUGCGAUCAAGAGUUAUUUUAAAGAAGAGCUUCAGCCUCGAAAUCUCGGUGUGGAUCAUACGAAGCCAUCGGACUUCUACCUGAGCGUUUGGCAAACGAAUCGGUCGAGCGCGCCACUUUUAUUUUUGCGUACACUGAUCUUUCUGACAUCUAUCGGUAUAGUGUUGGCUUCUAUUACAAUUUACAUUCAGAAAGGCCAGUUCUCGUUUUGGUUCAUAUACCUCACGCACUGGGGACUCAGUGUUAUGACAUUUGCGAGUUUCUUCUCAGUUGUGGUGUCUGCACGGUGCUACUUCUAUGGACCCUUGAGCUCCGAAUUCUUGCUGCCGUGGUACGCGCGCGUAUACUGGCUGCUGUUCAACGUGGCCGUGCCGAUCGCCUUCCUCAUCACCCUGUUCUACUGGACGGUGCUUUUUGAAGCGGGCAUCGAAGAAGAGUUAAACCACGGUUUAGACGUGGCCGUCCACGGAAUCAACACCUUGCUGAUGUUCCUGCUACUCUUCACGUCGUCGCACCCCAGCCGCCUGCUGCACUUCUACCAGCCCACGUGUUUCGCCUUCACCUACUUUUUGUUCACCGCCGUAUAUUUCCUCGCCGGCGGCACUGACGCAAAAGGUCAUCCCUAUAUUUACCCGGUGGUGGACUGGACUUAUCCAGGCACGACGGUCGGCGUGGGAGCUCUUACAGGCCUGCUGCUUAUCGUGCUCUACCUACUGGUGGUGGCCAUCGCGAAGGGCCGUGACGUCAUCUCCAGGAAAUACGUCAAGCCUCCUCCCAUUGCAGAAGAAGCCGGGGUUCCUUUGAGGCAGCAAACAGUUGUGUAAUGACUGUGGAAAGAAAGAAAGAAAAAAAAUGUAUUAGGCUGAGUUAAACCAGCUAUCUUUAAAGUUAACCAGUGUUUUUUGUAUGGAGUUUGACAGAUGUCUGACGUUUGUCAACGUUAUAGUAAGAUGGUACAACCUAGCCUUAGUUUAGUAGUGCACCAUAGUUUUAAGUAAUAUUCAAACUUUUAAACAGUUAUUUUAUAUGCCUCCAAGGUACCAAACGUUUUUGCUUUUAAUGAUAUACCUAGACGCGUUAAGUGAAGGUAAACAAUGAAGAACAUAAUGGCUAGAUUGUCAUGUUAUUGAAUUUUUUGUAUCAAACGCAGUCAAACGCUUAGGUUAGAGUGGAUUGUGUGUACAUAAUAGCUGAGAGUGUAGUAGGGCUUAUUUAUUGAUGGGACUACGCAAUCGCGUUCCAUGACAUCAGAUAGUUUGUUAAAUAUUGAUUUAUUAAUGUAAGAAUAUUGCUUAAAAGUAGUGCAAAGUAUUGUGAUGUGCUUUAAUUAGUUUUGUUCCGUUUCGUAACUAUUUAUUAAAGUCGUCGGUCUAAGCGACGACAAUGUUUUAUUUGUGCUGUAAUUUAUUUAAUUGUUUUUUUUUAGAAAACAACUG